UCUAAAAGUUAUAUACCUCCCUGUGAUUUUAUUAUUACAAGCACGCAGGACUCGAGGCAGAGCGAUGACCGGAGACGCCGGCGGACGAUCCUCGCGACGACUCGUCCUCCUCGCCUCGAUUUUUCUCCAAUUGAUCCCAGGUUUAUCUGAUAAUCCAUCAACUCCUGAUGGAGUAAAAGCCGAUACCCAUCCCAAUUCCAGGAGCAACACUGGUCUUAAGGUGCUGUUCAUUUUGCUUGGGGUGGCCACACUUGUGGUAUUGUCUGUUUUCUUGUUCAAGAAGUGGCAGAAAAGGAAGAGAGAAGAACAACAUGCCCGACUGCUGAAGCUUUUUGAAGAUGAUAAUGAGCUUGAGCUUGAACUUGGUCUUCAUGAUUAAGAAGUUUACUUCUUCAUCAAAUGAAUGCAAUAUAUGGCAGAGGUCAUAUUGAAUUAUAUAUAUGUACAAUCUGUGUACUGAAGCUUGUAAUAUUACUCUGAUGAGCUUUCAUUUAGUCCUAUUGCCUUAACCUUUUCAUUUUUGUCAAAGCUCUCUUUUCCACUUUGAAUUAUAAGGAAAAAAUCUUUCAGAAAAAAAA